UUGCUCCCAGUAUUCUGCCAAAUGACUGAUUUGUUGUGCUUCAGGACUGGUUCAGGCGCACCUGGUUUUGUGUGGCGCGAGCGGCAGCAGUGUGCAAGGCGACCCUCCCAGCGCGCGCAGCAGGAACAAGCCGAGCAACCUGUCUCGUGGCGGACAGUUGAGGAGGAGCAGAGGGUCGCGAGCACUCAUGUUCUGCUGUGUGGCCUGAAGCUGGAGCACGCAGCCCGGAACCCGCCACCCCUCCGCUGGGCUGGACCGGAGCAGCCAGCCCUCUGGACCGAUGUCCUGGCCGAGAUGUCCCGACACAUCUACAUACGGAACAAGAUUGGCGAGGGCAUCCAGGCGCCCAUCUUUCAGGUGAACCGAGGGACGUAUUCGAGGAGGAGCCGACUCAAGAGGUCUGAUGGCAGCACCACCUCCACCAGCUUUAUCCUCAGACAGGGCUCAGCUGAUUCAUAUACUAGUAGACCAUCAGACUCAGAUGUCUCUCUUGAGGAGGAGCGGGACGUGCAGGCCCAUGUCCAGAGCCAGAGCCCAAACCAGAGCCAAGGACCGGGACAGAGCCGUCAGGAGAGGGAGCAGCAGGCUGCCAUUCAACUGGAGAGAGCUAAGACUAAACCUGUGGCAUUUGCUGUAAGGACCAACGUCAGCUAUUGUGGUGCACUGGAUGAGGAUGUUCCAGUACCAGCCACAGCCAUCUCCUUUGACGCCAAGGAUUUCCUCCACAUAAAAGAGAAGUUCAACAAUGACUGGUGGAUAGGUCGGUUAGUGAAAGAGGGCUGUGAGAUCGGCUUCAUCCCCAGCCCUCUGAAGCUCGAGAACAUCCGGCUCCAGCAGGAGCAAAAGAGAGGACGAGUCCAAGGUAAGUCUGGAGGGAACUCUUCUUCAAGUGUAGAGGAUGAGGUAUCUGCCUCUAUCCGACCCCUCAUAUCCUCGGCAGGAAAACAGAAACAGAAAGUGACGGAGCAUAUUCCCCCGUACGACGUGGUUCCCUCCAUGAGGCCUGUAGUGCUCGUGGGACCCUCGCUCAAGGGUUAUGAGGUAACAGACAUGAUGCAGAAAGCACUGUUUGACUUCCUCAAACACAGAUUUGAUGGCAGGUAA